AUGGUGUUUGCGGAAGUAACCCCAACCGGUAUAAAGAUAACACAUUCUGAUUGUAACGGAAUCAAUGAUAUUCCGGAGCAGAUUGGCCCUGUCGUUGACGAGGCAGGGGACAUUCAUUAUUUCAGCAGAAUUCGCAAUGAUGACCCCACUGUACAAUAUUGGUUGAAGAGGCUGGGUCAAAGUUUGGCAAAGCAUUUUGCUUAUGCCUAUAAAAUUAAUGUGGACAAAG